AUGUCUACGGAACCAGCCAUCAACCCUCAUUAUCAAGGUGGCAAAGCCGAAGCGGAUGAGUGGUUCAAAGAAUUGCUACAAUUGAAAGGCAAAGAGGAAAAGAAGUUCAACAAGACUGACUUUGGAUUCGCGGCCGCCGUUUGGGCCCCUUCUGCUGAAAAAGACAGGUUUCGCACAGCGGUUGACUGGUCCAAUUGGAUAUUUUAUUUUGAUGAUCAGUUUGAUGAAGGGCCUCUAGCAAACGAUCCAGUCAAAGCCCAAGAAGAAGUUGACUGCAUUCUUGCCAUUUUGAAUGAUAGCGGCCCUCGUGUCCAAGCCGACAAACCUCUUCAGUAUGCAUUUCAGGCAAUAUGGGAUAGAAUCAAAGCUAGUGACACGCCAGAAGUACGAGAACGCUGGAAAGAUUCUCAUAAGAAAUACCUCGAGGGUCUUCUAUAUCAAUCCAAACUCUCAAAGUCCAGCUCUGCUCCCGUCUUAACGGUAGAUCAGUACAUGAGCUACCGAAGAAGAACGAUUGGAGUAGUGCUGGCUAUACGGCUGGUAGAGUACGCCGAAGACAUAAAGCUCUCUCAAACCCAGAUGGAUCACCCGUCUCUUCAAUUGUGCACUAGCACUAUCGUAGAUCUUGUGGUUCUUUCAAACGAUAUUUUGUCAUAUAAAAAAGAAGUUGAAUUAAACGACGCGGGAAAUAACUUGGUCACAAUACUCAAAGCACAUAAUCUAUCAGAUCAAGAAGCGAUGAACAGCAUAGGCAAAAUGCUGGAUGAUUGCUACGAAGCUUGGCACAGUGCCCUGGAUAAGCUGCCCACUUGGGGGGAAGAGACUGACAGAGAGGUGCUCAAAUAUCUGGAUGCCUGUCGUAACGUGGGGCUUGGCAAUCUUCACUGGAGUUUUCGUUCUGGUCGAUAUUUUGGCGCUUGUGGUGAGCAAGUUCGCCAAACCCGAAUCUUGUCCCUCCCUCCAUACUAA